GUCCAAUGAGAAGCGAGCAGUCAGCUGACGCCGUUUCGCAUCUCUUGUACACAAGCCUCGAGCUGAGACAGACGCGAUCACUGUGAAUCCAGAACUCAUGUGAAUUUAUCCCUCAUUUACUAACGGACCUCUUCACAAAGAUGCAGUUCAUGCUGUUGUUCAGCAGACAGGGGAAGCUCCGGCUGCAGAAGUGGUACGUUCCUCUGUCCGAUAAGGAGAAGAAGAAGAUCACUCGAGAGCUGGUGCAGACGGUCCUGGCCCGCAAGCCCAAGAUGUGCAGCUUCCUGGAGUGGAGAGACCUGAAGAUCGUGUAUAAGAGAUACGCCAGUCUGUAUUUCUGCUGUGCCAUUGAGGACCAGGACAACGAGCUGAUCACACUGGAGAUCAUCCACCGCUAUGUCGAGCUGCUCGACAAAUACUUCGGCAGCGUCUGCGAGCUGGACAUCAUCUUUAACUUCGAGAAGGCGUAUUUCAUCUUGGACGAGUUCCUGCUGGGAGGCGAAGCUCAGGAGACGUCGAAGAAGAACGUCCUGAAGGCCAUCGAGCAGGCGGAUCUCCUGCAGGAGAAUCUAGAUUUUCAGAUCCGUCUGCUUCCAGGUGUUCUGAGUCCGAGCAUGUCCUGCGAGUCCUCCGUUCUCUUCCAGAGUUAGCCGGCUCGAGGCGAGCGCUUCAGCCCCGACAUGAGUACUUUAACGUGCCCGUGUACUGAUUGGCUGCUGCAUGCCGAGCCACUCCCCCUGCACGCCUGACUCCGCCUCUGUCUCAGCACCGUCCAAUCAGAGAGCUGCAUCUUGGACCCGGUUUCACCUGCAGAUAUAGUGGAUUUUGUCAGAUAGUGUCAAAUGUUUCAUUGUGUGUUUUACUUUAUGCUGGUCCUUCAUCUGAAUUGAUUUUAUUCCUGUAUUCUUCA